UCCACCACGACUUAGCAGCCGUUGGACAGUCUCCCAGGGCGCGUCCAACACAUUGGCAUUGAGACCGGGAGACUUCAGGGCUGUAAACCACGAAAAGCUGAUCAGUACGCCGACCGUCUUCUGUUGACAUCCUCUCGACCGCCAAUGCACCUACUGCGCCGGAGAUGAUGCCGGCCUGGAAGACGAACUCAGCGAUGAUCCCGCAGGUCGGGCCCAAUGAUGAUUUCCCUCCCAAACUCGUCAAUGCAGUGGCUGCACUUCCUUGUCCUGGACUCCCCACCGAGGACAUAUGUACCCUGGAACCGCCGUCGAAGAAGAUUAAACUGGUCGCCAAUCCUGUCGAGUCCCGUCUCAUUGAUAAACAACAGCUUUCGAUAACUAGACGGUGCGACGAUGCCCUCCAAGUGUCCGACUCGAUAGUUCGAGAAGACGUGGGUGACUAUCUCCGGCUUCGCCUCGACACCAACGGCAAGACCCUGGGGAUAUCGCUGAAACCCCGGCGAAAGGGCGGCCGCGAGGCUUUUAGCAUCCUGGUUGCAUUGCGUCCGGGUUCCGUGAGCCGGCAGCUUGAGACCUGCAUCCGUGUUCUUGGCGCAAAGGAAUCGAGGGAAGAUGAGGGCGCGCUGUGGACGUACGUCGAUAUUCGGCUAGAACGAUAUGGGAAAUCCCUCACCGUCAUCUUCUGCAUCGACCUUUAUUGGAAUAUAACAACGCAUGCAUACCGAUUGCGGACACAGAGACAACGGCAACUCAGCGAUCAGGUUAUAUCGACAUUUUUCCCUGGUGAAGACACUCCAACAGACAGGUCGCUAGAAGGGGAGCGCUGGACACCUUUGGACUUUUAUGAAUCUGCACACGUGCCGUCUCCGAGCGAAACGCUGCCGCACACCAUCGAAGUGCCAGGGCUCACAUCGACCUUGUAUCCCUACCAGAAAAGGACGUUGCAGUGGCUCCUGAACCGUGAAGGCGUAUGCUGGGUACCUCCCAGCGACGGCGACGGACCCCGUGUGGAAGAGAUUCUUCCAAGGGCUUCCUCCGCGGGCGCCCGUAGCUUUAGCAAGGUCACUGAUUUCUCUGGUCAGCGCCUGUCGCUUAGCCGCCUGUACCAUGUAAUUGCAGUGAACACUUCUCCCUUUGCCGAUCUCGAAAGAUCGGUGAAGGGGGGCAUUCUGGCGGAAGAGAUGGGGCUGGGAAAGACACUGGAGAUCAUCGGCCUGAUCCUUCUGCAUCAACGUCAAAUGGAAGACGGACAUGGCCUUGUCGACGUAAAUGGGGAGCAGCUUGUUCGAAGCCGCGCUACCAUUAUCGUGUGCCCCGAGUCCCUACGGCAGCAAUGGAUGACAGAACUCCAACUACAUGCACCCAGUUUGCAGGUCUGCUUCUACCGAGGCCGGGCCAAGGCAGGAAUCGAAGGAGAAGAGGAACUUGUCCGCCACUUGGCGUCUCAAGACGUCGUCAUUACUACCUACAAUACACUCUCAGCGGAAAUACACUUCGCCACGAAGCCCCCCGAUAGGUCGCGUCGGCGCGAAAGGGCAUUUCCAAGGCCCAAGUCGCCGCUCGUACAAAUAUCUUGGUGGAGGGUUUGCCUUGACGAAGCUCAGAUGAUCGAGAGCGGCGUGAGCUCCGCCGCCCUCGUGGCCAGAGUGUUGCAUCGGAUUAAUGCAUGGGGAGUCACGGGCACUCCCGUGAAAAGUGACGUGAAAGAUCUGCUGGGUCUUCUCCUUUUCCUGAAGUAUGAGCCCUUCUGCUCGGCUCCUCAGGUCUGGAAAGCCCUCGCAGAACGACAUAAACCACUUUUCCGAAGUCUGUUCAACGAACUAGCCAUUCGACACACGAAACAUUUGGUGAGGGACGAACUAGAACUCCCAUCACAAAAACGAUUCGUAAUUACCAUGCCGUUCACCGCGGUGGAAGAACAACACUAUCGAUCACUCUUCAAAGAGAUGGCCGAGGCCUGCGGAGUACAUGUCGACGGGUCGCCGAAGGUUGAUGACUGGCAACCCGGAGAUUACGAGGAGCAGAUGAGAUCGUGGCUCAACCGUUUGCGGCAGACUGCGCUGCAUCCCGAAGUUGGUGCUCAGAAUCGUCGCGCCUUAGGCCGCAAAACCGGCCCACUCCGAACAGUAGACGAAGUUCUAAAUACCAUGAUUGAGCAAAGCGAAGCUUCCAUCAGGGCCGAGCAGAGAGUCUACUUCCAUGCGAAGCUCUGUCGUGGCCAAAUGUUGGAGAACGGGCCCCGGGUGAAAGAAGCAUUGGCCAUUUGGGAGGACGUGAGGGAUGAAGUGGAUGGCAUCGUGUCAAAAUGCCAGGCAGAGCUCCGAGUUGCCAUAGACGAGGCAAGGCAACGGGCGGCGACGGACGGAAAACGCCUGUUAGAGACUGAAGCUUCAGAAGAGUCCGAGAUGGAAGAUGAAGCAGAUGACUCUCAAGGUAAAGGUAGAGUUGCUGAGGCUCGGAUGCGGCUCCGCCUGGCGUGGGAGGUCCAGCACAAAGCUGUGUUUUUCUGCGCAAAUGCAUACUUCCAGAUCACGUCGGAUGCCGACUUGACGCGGCCUGAUUCCGAGGAGUUCAAAUCACUGCAGCGGCUGGAAGAUGAGGGCUACGAGGCAGCUAAGAGGAUUCGACGAGAGAUUCUAUCCGAAAAUCACAGAAAGGCAACGAAGCAUAUAAGACGUCUACAGAACUUAGCGUCGUCUCAGAAUUUCGUUACCGUACCCGAACUGGUGCCCAACCCGCUGAAAGGGAUAGAGAGCGGUCCAGUCAUCGAGAAAAUCGAGGAUCUCUACGGAGCACUCAACACCCAAGCGGACAUCAUUGACGCAUGGAGGGAGAGACUCGUACAACUACUAACACGACCUCUGGUAGAUCAAGAGGAACAUACUGAAUUAACGGGAGACGAGUUCGCAGACUCUACGAAGAUUCAAGAGGAAUUGAUGGUCCACGUUCAGGUGUUGAGAGCCAUAGUUGCUGAUCGGCUGAGUGCCCUCUCUGGCUUGGAAAAUCCACUUGUCAAGCACGAAACUCGUACAACGAAAGCCCUUGCCAAAAAUGGCGAAGGCCCAGCGCCUGAGAAAUUGCUCGAGCUGCUGGCGGUUCGUGACGAGGUCAGGCCGCCGGCCGAACAAGGUUGUCUUCGGGGUACAAUAUCCGAGCUACGUGCCCUUGCUGGCAGACUUGCCCCGUCAGAUGCAAGCGACGAAGGGCGGACCCGGAUGGAACACGAAGUGGUUACCCGGCAGAUCAAAGACACCCUGGCACAGAUGUUAGCCCAGUCAAAAGCUUGUCAAGGUUUGGAACGCGAAUGCGACAAGUUCACCAGUGCCAUGAACGCCAGGCUGGACUAUUACCGCCAGCUCCAGUACGUGUCGGACAGCGUGGAGACGUAUGAAGGACCAAGGGACGAUGUGGCUAUUGCUAAGUGCGUCGAGAGUGAAGAGAUCUCUCGGAAGAAGUUAGGUGCAGCCGAAGCGAAGCACCGCUACCUGCUGAGUCUCAGGGACACCGGGUCCAGGUCGAGCGAGCCCAGGAUGUGUAUUAUCUGCCAGUCCACCUUUACAACAGGCAUCCUCACGGUCUGUGGGCACCAGUUUUGCCGGGAGUGUAUGAUGCUAUGGUUCAAGGCAAAUCACAAUUGUCCCAUGUGUAAACGACAGCUUCGCAUCUCGGAACUACACGACAUCACAAUCAGACCGAGGGAACUGAAGCUGCAUAACCAAGAUGGACCAGAUCCCGUCCAGGGCCGAGAGCCAAAACACAGCCCAGCUUCAAAGAAGACGGGAAUCUAUACGGAGUUUGGGGCGGAGAAGCUUGAACAGAUCUAUAACAUCGAGUUGGAGGGUCCUUCAUUCACAACGAAAGUUGAUGCGAUCGUGCGACACAUUCUCUGGUUGAGAGAAUCGGAUCCCGGAGCCAAGUCAAUCAUUUUCUCCCAGUAUCGGGACUUUUUAGGCGUGAUUGGAUUAGCCUUCUCACGAUUCCGUAUUGGCUACACCUCGUUCGACCAAACCAAUGGUAUCCAGAGUUUCAAGGAAGACGCCGGCAUUGAGUGCUUCCUGCUCCACGGCCGGGCCCAAUCGAGCGGACUCAAUCUCGUCAACGCCAGCCACGUAUUCUUGUGUGAACCUGUUCUAAACACAGCCCUUGAGCUGCAGGCGAUAGCGAGAGUCGACCGUAUCGGCCAACGGCACCAGACCACUGUAUGGCUAUAUCUGAUCGAGGGUACCGUCGAGGAGUCUAUCUACAACCUCUCAGUUAAGCGCCGCAUGGAGCACAUCGGCCAGUCGUCCAAGGGGAAGUCGAAGGAGUCGACACCGGAAGUGCUCGAACCGGCGCUCGAGGCUGCCAAUACGUUGGAAAUGGAGCAGGCUUCGCUUUCCAAGCUCAUGAGCAAGGACAAAACUGCGGGGGAAUCGGUGGACAAGGAUGAUUUAUGGGAAUGCUUGUUCGGUCAUGUCGCCAAGUCGGGGAACUCGGGAAGAGGCGAGGAGCUACUUGAGAACCCGGCAGUAAGGGGAUUUCUAGCUGCAGAAGCGGCUGAAGAGCGGCAAAGGAGCCAAGCCAGUAUCUAGCGGAAAUGAUGGGCAUGGCGAGAUGAAGCCUUGACAAGAGAAUAGAUAAUCCAGCCGUCAUUGAGCCCAUUCGUGAACGAAGUAGUAAUUCUCGGGCAACCUUCCAAGAAAGCCUCUGGAAAAGGAGGAUGGCACUACGUUGGGCCAGCUUGAUAAGAACGAGAUGCUUCGUAUCGUGCGAAAAGGGCAAGAUGUUCGAGUGAUACGGAAUUGUCUAUUGUAUCUUCGGGUCUUGAGCUCAUGGUAGCGUAGAAGGCGG